CGUUACCUACUGGAGUUUGGCAUUUCUACAGUUGGUCAGUCGCGGCUGGCAACGCGAAGCGGAUGAGGACUCUCCGUGGUUCAAACAUUUCUCUCCAACUACAGUGCGCGGUAUAAAGUUCAGAUAGCGAAGGAGAAACUUCAAAGCGGACUCGGAGUGGCCGGCUGACUAUGCCCCGGAGCCCCACGUCAAGUGAGGAUGAGAUGGCCCAGAGCUUUUCAGACUACUCCGAGGAAUCCGGCUCCGACAGCUCCAAAGAGGAGACCAUCUACGAGACCAUAAGAGCCACCGCCGCCAGGCCACCCAGCCGAAUGGAGGACAUCCACACCAACUCCCUGGUCAUCCGCGUCAUCAUCCCUGACCUGCAGCAGACCAAAUGUAUGAGGUUCAACCCUGAUGCCACUGUGUGGGUUGCCAAGCAACGGAUCCUGUGCACAUUGAGUCAGAGCCUAAAGGACGUCCUGAACUAUGGCCUCUACCAGCCGGCGAGCAACGGCCGCGACGGCAAGUUCCUGGACGAGGAACGCCUCCUCCGGGAGUAUCCCCAGCCAAUCAGCAAAGGGGUUCCGUCCCUGGAGUUCCGAUACAAGAGCAGAGUCUACAAACAACCGAAUGUGGAGGAGAAGCUGAUUGCCAAACUUCACACAAAGGCCAACUUGAGGAAGUUCAUGGACUUCAUCCAACACCAUCAGGUGGAGAAACUGUCAAAGAUGUUGGAAAGAGGCCUUGACCCCAACUACCAUGACCCCGAGACCGGGGAAACGCCCCUGACCUUCGCCGCUCACCUGGACAACAUGGAGGACAUCAUCAAAGUGCUGAGGAACGGAGGCGCUCAUCUGGACUUCCGGGCCAAAGACGGCAUGACGGCUCUUCACAAAGCUGCCCGCUCUAAGAACCAGGUCACCCUCACGACUCUGCUGGAGCUGGGCGCGUCCCCGGACUACAAGGACAGCCGCGGGCUGACUGCGCUCUACCACACGGCCAUGGUGGGGGGAGACCCCUACUGCUGCGAGCUGCUUCUCCACGAGCACGCCUCCGUCUGCUGCCAGGACGAGAAUGGCUGGCACGAAGUCCAUCAGGCUUGUCGACACGGACAUGUUCAACACCUGGAGCAUCUGUUGUUUUAUGGAGCGGACAUGAGCGCUCAGAACGCUUCAGGAAACACGGCUCUGCACAUCUGUGCUCUCUACAACCAGGACAACUGUGUGAGAGUGUUGCUUGUCCGGGGAGCCAACAAGGAGGUGAAAAACUUCAACAGCCAGACUCCUUUUCAGGUGGCCAUAAUUGCAGGGAACUUUGAGUUGGCUGAACUCAUUAAGAACCACAAAGAAACAGAUAUUGUGCCUUUUCGCGAGGCGCCUGCGUACUCCAAGCGGCGGCGGGCUCCCCAGAGCUCUCUGUCGGCCCCGCGGGUGCUGCUGCGCUCCAACAGUGACAACAACCUGAACAGCAGUGGCGCGGGCCCGGACGGCCAUCCGCAGCGCAGCCUCUCGCCACAGCUGCUCCAGCAGAUGCAGAGGAACCCUAAUGGCACGGUGAGGACCAUGGGCCGCGGCAGCCGCGCCGGCCCCCGCAGCCGAUCCCCCUCGCUCAGCCGGCUGGGAGAGGAGCAGCGCCGGCAGCAGCAGCAGCGUCCCAACACCAGUAUGGAUGGCCCUGGCUCCCGACGGAAGCUGUACAGCGCGGUUCCGGGCCGCCAUUUCGUGGUGGUGCACUCGUACCAGCCGCAGGCUGAAGGCGAGAUCCCUCUCUACAAGAACGACAGGGUCAAAGUUCUGAGCAUUGGGGAAGGGGGCUACUGGGAAGGCAGUGCCCGGGGCCACGUGGGCUGGUUCCCUGCGGAGUGCGUGGAGGAGAUUCCUGCCAAGCCCAAUGAGGAGAGACCAUUGAGCAGAACAGACCGCACUGACAAGAAGAAGCUCUUCAGACACUACACGGUGGGCUCCUACGACAGCUUCGACGCCUCCAGUGACUGCGUGAUCGACGAGAAGACUGUGGUCCUCCAGAAAAAGGACAAUGAGGGCUUCGGCUUUGUGUUACGUGGAGCCAAAGCGGACACCCCUAUUGAGGAGUUUACGCCCACCCCGGCGUUCCCGGCGCUGCAGUACCUGGAGUCGGUGGACGAGGGCGGAGUGGCCUGGCAGGCGGGUCUACGCACCGGCGACUUCCUCAUCGAGGUCAACCAGGACAACGUGGUCAAGGUGGGUCACAGACAGGUGGUCAACAUGAUUCGACAAGGAGGGAACCGGCUCAUCAUCAAAGUGGUGACAGUCAGUAGGAACUUGACCCCAGAUGACACCAGUCGAAAAAAAGCACCUCCACCUCCAAAGAGAGCGCCCACCACCGCACUCUCCAUGCGCUCCAAAUCCAUGACCUCGGAGCUGGAAGAACUAGAUGCUCAGGCUUCUAAUAUUGAGGGUCUGAAGAAGAGGAUUGUUUUUCAAGUCACACUAAAUAAAGUGGACGAGGUGCCCUCCCAGAAUGCCAUGCGUGACAACUCCUCUGUGGACAUGCGAGUGGCUACUAUUAAGCCACGCCCCAGCAGCCGCUGUUUGGCCACACCCACUGACUUUAGUUCUUUCUACGAGCGGCAGGGUGUAGCCGUAGUGCCCCCCACGGUACCCGGGCCGUACCUGGGCGUGCCACGGGGCACCAUGAGGAAGCAGAAGUCUAUAGGAAUCACUGAGGAGGAAAAGCAGUUCCUGACGCCUCCUCUGCUGAAGUUCACCCGCAGCCUUUCCAUGCCCGACACCUCGGAAGACAUCCCACCUCCGCCCGGCAUGUCGCCUCCAUCGCCUCCUGGGUACAACUCGCCCAGUGGCCCCGCGCCGCGAGGGUACAACACCACGCAGCCGGGGUUCACCCAGAACUCUGUCGGCAGGGGCCAUCCCAACCGGUCGGACCCCAACCUGGGCACCAUCCGCCGAGACCGGCCGUACCACCGGCAGAGCUCGGAGCACUUCAGCCUCCAGCACUCCUCGCUCCAGCAGCAGACGCUAUGCAACCGGACGCGCUCGCCCGUGCCCGAGAACCCCUACUCGGAGGUGGGCAACAAGAACCCGUACAUCCCCGCCAAGCCGGCGCGGCGGAAGGGCAUGCUGGUGAAGCAGCCCAACGUGGAGGACAGCCCGGAGAAGACCUGCUCCAUCCCCAUCCCCACCAUCAUCAUCAAGGAGCCCUCCACCAGCAGCAGCGGCAAGAGCAGCCAGGGCAGCAGCAUGGAGAUCGAGCCCACCACGCCGGAGCACGCGGGCCAGCUGCGGCCCGACGAAGGGGCCAACCUCAGCAACCCGUUCGCCGCCGCCAUCGCCGGGGCCGUGCGGGACCGCGAGAAGCGGCUGGAGGCCCGGCGGAACUCCCCGGCGUUCCUGUCGACGGACCUCGGCGACGAGGACCCCAACCCCACCCCCACGCCACGCCUGCGCCAGUCCAAGUCCAUCGACGAGGGCAUGUUCAGCAACAACGAGCGGUUACGGAAGCUCAUGGCGCCGCCCGCCUCCCUGCUGGGGCUGUCUCCCAGCGGGGGUGGGGGAGGAGGACGAGGCGGUGGUGGCGGAGGGGGUAACGUGACGGACUUCAACACCCCCGAGCCCACCCUUGUGCGAGAGCCUCUCAACACACGCACAGGCAACUGCCCCAACCUGGACAGCCCUGUUAGCCUCCCUAUUGUGAAGACCUACAGCUCCAAUGGCGGAAGCUAUUUGCAUCCUGUGACGGGCAAAGCCCUGGACCCAAACUCGCCCCUGGCUCUGGCCCUAGCUGCCCGCGACAGGGCCAUGAAGGAGCAGGGCCAGCCGCCGCCUCCCCCGCCCAAGAACGAGCCCCAGAAGCCCGACCUCCACCAGCCCCUCUUCAUCGACACCAAGCUGCGCUCCAGCAUCGAGGCCAACUACACGGCCGCCACCGCCACCAUGGGCCGGCCCGCCGGGAGAGGAGGCCUGCGCCGGCAGAACACCGAGUCCAAGUACGAGACGGAGGGGGCCAAGGAGAACAAGCCGUCGGCGGAGGAGAAGAAGAACAUGCUCGUCGACAUCGUGGACACGUCGCAGCAGAAGUCGGCCGGGCUGCUGAUGGUGCACUCGGGGGACCAGGCCGAGUCCAAGGAGGGCAACGGCCGAGGGGGGCAGGAGGGAUCGCCAGGGCAGGACAGCACCCCGGCCGAGCUGAGGGACCCCAAUGCCAAGCCGUCGUCCCCCGCAUCUGCCCGCGCCCCUGGUCCGACGGCUGCCCCCGGCACCAACCCACAGGCCCCUGCCCAUCCCAAGACCAUCAUCACCAUCAGCUCGGUGGACGAGCCAGUCAAGCUCCCCUUCCACAUCCCACCACCGCCUCUUCCUUCGGUGGACAUCGAGGAGGAGUUUGAGUUCGCUGAUCCACUUCCGCCUCCUUUGGAAUUCGCGAACAGCAUCGACAUCCCCGAGGACCAAGCAGGGGCUAUCGCCGAACUCAUUAAGCUACAGAACAAGAACGGGAGAGGGCCCGGCCACUUACCCCCUUACCACCCCCACGCUCCCCCUCCGGUCAGCGCGGAUCACAGGCGGCCCGUUGGCCUCUCGAACUGCGUCGGCGGCCCCCCCGGCUACCCCCCUCCGCCCCCGGAGAGCUUCGAGCACGUCACCGACUCGGGCAUCGAGGAGGUGGACAGCCGGAGCAGCGGGGACCCCCACCUGGAGACCACGAGCACCAUCUCCACCGUGUCCAGCAUCUCCACGCUCUCGUCGGAGGGCGGCGAGGCGCUGGACACCUGCACAGUCUAUGCAGACGGACAGGCCUUCCUGGUGGACCGGCCCCCGGUGCCCCCCAAGCCAAAACUCAAGCCCAUCAUCAACAAAAACAACGCACUUUACAGGGACCCGCUGAUCGAGGAGAGCCUGGAGUCCUUCGGGAUGCCCCCCUCGGCCCCUCCGCCGCCCCCUGGUGGCGCGGAGCCGCCCAAGACCCCCACGCAGAGGAGCUCCAAACUUUGGGGGGACCCCCCGGAGCUGAGGAGUCCCCCCUCGUCGCUGCCGGACCCCAAAGCCAACAUGAUCAGUGAGCUCAGCUCCAUCCUACAGCAUAUCAACAGGGAUCGCACGCCCAAACCAGGGGAGGUGCUGGAUUCGCCCACAGGAUCCAGGUGCUUUGGAUCAAGUCCCUCAGGUCCUCAGCGGAGCGCCACCGUCACCUUCGCCACCCCGAGCACCCCGCCGGCCAGCCUGCCGCCGCACCACCACCACCCCCACCACCACCACCAGCACCACCAGCUGCACCACCACCACUCCUCGUCCAGCCCCGUCUCCUCGCCGCCCGACUCGGGCCCCUGCUCCGUCUCCGGCGGCUCCGGCCGCGCCUCCUCGCUGCCCGGCUCGGCCUCCUCCCCUACGCUGACCGACGUGUUCGGGCUGCCCACGCCGCCCCUGGGCAGCGGCGCCAGCAGCGUGGCGGGCAGCGUGGCGGGCAGCGAGCGCUUCAGCCUGUGCUCGGCGGGCAGCCGCUCGCCCUCGCCGCUCACGCUGCUGCAGCAGCAGGCCGCCUGCAACAAGCCGUUCGCCGGCAAGCCGCUCCACGCGUGGAGCAAGCACGACGUAGCAGACUGGCUGGAGAGCCUCAACCUGGCCGAGCACAAGGACGCCUUCACGGACAACGAGAUCGAGGGCAGCCACCUGCCCAACCUGCAGAAGGAGGACCUGAUAGACCUGGGGGUGACGCGCGUGGGCCACCGCAUGAACAUCGAGAGGGCUCUCAAACUGCUGCUGGACAGAUAAAAGAGGGCCAUCUCCAUCUCUCUCUCUCUCUCUCUCUUUUUGUAAUCCUCCCUUCUCUCUCUAUCCUCCCCUCUCUCUCUCUCUCUCUCUCUCUCUCUCUCUCUCUCUCUCUCUCUCUCUCUCUGUCUGGUCUCUCUGGUGGUCUGGAUGAGCACACAGGAUAUAAAGGACCAAGAGAUCUCCCUGUGUAUCUGAGCUCUCCAGGGAUCUUAGGAUCUCCACGGGUCUGUGUGUGUGUGUGUGUGUGUGUGUGUGUGUGUGUGCGUGUGUGUGCGUGUGUGUCGUCAGUUUCCCUCUCUGCCAGGAGGCUGCAGCUGCGGCUCCUCUCUCUGCUUUCGGCGAUCGAGCGAGUCAAGCAGCGAGUCAUUAAGGACCACAUCAGCACCCAGAGAGAGGGAAGAAGAGAGAGAGAGAGAGAGAGAGAGGGGGACGGAGGGAGGGAGGGAGAGCCAGAGAUCAGCUCCACCCACCCCCUGCCACCCAACGCCGCCCCACGCAGAGUCACAGAGCCAUGUCGGCAUGUCGGUCCACCCCGCUUUGGAAUACUGACGUUUUUCAGACCGCCUCAUUUGGGGACACCCUAACCAGCUGAGCUGGGGGCUCCUUUUCUAUCUUUGCUAGAGUUUCUUCAGAGAAUAUUUCUUCAUCGAAAAAACAAACACUUGGGGUUACGUUUAUGGAUUGCAGCAGCCGUCGAGAGAAGAAGAACACAGGAAUUUUAAAACAAGGAAAAAAAAAGAGACAACUUUGCAUUUCUAAACUUGCGCUUGAAAACAAUUCCAGCCAGUUACGACCGGCUCAGUCUUAAAGAAUGCCCCCCCACCUGUUCAGUAAUACGUCCCCCACACACCCAGUCCCACAGUCCUCCACCGGCCCACCUUAAGAGUGGUCUCACAGGCACACGGGCACCACUGUAGCAGACCCCACGUCUGGCCACUAGCGGCGUCUCCUUCCCUCUCCGACACACACCGCCCGCGGAUCACAGCUGUCGGGAGUCGCGUGACGUGGCGUGACGUGACAUGUCCAGUUGUGAGAAUCCUCCUCGUCUUCCUUAUCAGUGCAGGUGAGCAGAAGUAGUGAGACCCUCCCUUCCCCCCCAACACACACACACACACACACACACACACACACACACACCCCAUAUUGCAUCAUAUUGCACACACACACACACACACAACCCACCAUCCAAAACACUGAUGGAGAGUACGUGCCACGCACCACAUGGUUGGAGCACUGAUAUACGUCCGAUUUCUGCCUCAUUCAAAGGCAUCCCAUCCUUUCUUUCUCGCACUCUGUCUCUCCAUCACCCCCCUCUCACCCCUCCACCAUGCACUUCUUUUUUUCAUUGUCAUUUGAGCAGUAUAUGACCCUCCCGGAAGAAGUCAUUUGAGACUAAGAGGACAUUUUGUAUGAACUGCUUUGUGAAUACGUGGGGAGAAAGGAUGGUGCUACGCCUGAGAGAAAUAUGACCAGGGCCAGUCAAUCAAACAGUCCCAGAGAUGUGCAUUACCUGGACAACGCUGUCUGUCCGUCGGUCCGUGAGGUCCUUAUAACUGGCCAGUCUAUACAGGAAGGUAUUAUUAUGAAAUGCAAGUUGUCCAGACACUAGACCCAUACUGUGUAUUCUAGUGCCGUGGUGGAUGAGAGCCGAAAGUCAAGGAUAAAAAUGCUGCUAUCAUAUCCCAAAAUGGUAUUCAUGGAACUAGAUACUAGAGUUGUUUGUUGACAUAAGGAAUCACAGCAGUCCACAGCAGUCUCUUCUGUGAGCUUCUCUCUCUAUACAUCCUCAGAAGCUGACAGUACUGUGGCAGUGCAGUGUUACAGCAGUGCAAUUAACACCACACAUCCAGUUCAGAAGACACCCACCGGUUGUCUGCUCAUCAGAUAGUAGUAGAACUGAGGACCCACCCCAUUUGCUCUGAGGAGCGGUAGGCUUGUGCUCCACAGCACGAGACAGGCCUCACCCUCCCCUCUAGUAGCUCCACAGAAACAUCUCAGGUGGCCAUCCAUCCACAUCCACCCUCCUUCUCCCCCUCUUUCAGAUACAAGCUACCCGUUCCAGAAGUGGUUUAGUGAAUUUGUAUUUAAGAAAUAUAAAAGGAAAAAACAUAUUUAUCAUGAUGUUGUAUAAAAGAAUGUUUUUUUAAAAAAGAACUAAAUAUAUAUACAUAAUGUAUAUGAAUAUAUUGUUUAUUUAAAAUUUUAUCAUGACGACACUGGGAAAAAUUAAUUGCUAUUUUACUUGCAAAGAGGAUAUUGGUCAUAGCACCAGUAGUGUGCGAGGCUGAGCGGAGCGGAGCGGAGUCCCUCUGAGCUCUGUCCAGGCCUCAGGGGGGCUGCAGGAACACCUCCACCCUCCGUCCUGUUUCAGGAUGCCAUGGAGGUGGGCCUGUGCUUGUUAUCAGAUGCGGUACUUAGAGAGAGAUGAAUGAGUGAGCAGCCAUCAUUUCCCACUAUUCCCUCCUGCUCUCUCUCUCUCUCACUCUCUCUCUACCUGUCUCAUCUCCUGUCUCUCUCUCUCUUACUCCCUCCUUUUCUCUCUGUCGUCUCCCUUAUGUCUGUCUUACCUUCUCACUUUCACUCUUUCUCUUUGGACCUGUCUCAUCUCCCUAUCUUCUUUCCUCUCUUUCUCUCUUUUUUUCUCUCUCUCUACCUCUCAUCUGUCUUCCUUUUCCCUUCUCUCUCUCUCUUUCUCUUCUGUGGCUGUGUGCCUGUAGCCACCCCUCCUCAGCCACCUCUAUAGUUUGUGUGUGUGUGCGUGUGUGUGUGUGAUGUAGAGAUUAUUCUAGAUUAUUCUUGGAGAAAAGGAGGGAAUUGCAAGCCUGCUUUGAUAGAAGGCUUGCGCCAGUUGUGCUGCUAUGACCCUAUCGUUUUUAAUAGAUCUUAUUUUAAAAUAGCAGAACGUCAGAAAAGAGCACAGUAUUUUUAAGGAUUUAUAUAGAAUUAUAUUGAAUUUUAUAAACUAUUUGGAUGAAGUAAAGUGUGGUUUGCCAAAAAAAGUUAUAAAAUAUAAUUAUUAAAUAAAUCGAUAGAUUUCUGAGGUACCUAAGAAGCAAUAUUUAUACUGAAUGGAUCUCUUUGGUUGUGGUUUUCGAGAAAUGUGUAAUCCCUUAUCCCACGAAACUUUGAAAAUUGAAGAAGUACUGUAAUAACAACCCACCUAUGAAUUUGUCUGGAAAUCAAAAACGACAGAGAUAUGAGAAGUCAUGGUCGGUGCCUGCCUCCCAUACAUAUUGUAAUUACAUUUUGAAAUCGCAGACUUAGUUUGUGUAUAAUGUGUGUAAAACCGACCAAAAUAUCACAUACCGUAAAUGUAUACAUAAUGUAUCUGGCCACUUCUUAGCAACAGGUCCGAGGACACUUUUACAGUAUCUUAUAUAUAAAUCUACAAACACAGAGUAGAUGUGACUGUUGAUUUUAUGGAACAACAUAUCACUAAGCUAAUUUUUGUAUGUGGAAACUUAGAGCUAAGUAGUAGUGGAUUUAAAUGAAAUGCUAAAGACCAUCACCUUGUGGAUUGGGCAAUGCUCACUCUCCCCACCACUUAACAACUUCCUCUAGCAAUCAGCUAGAAUUGAUUUAUUCAACUAAUUUCUUUUAUUUAUUUUUUUCUUUUAUAUUUUUCAUAGAUAUUAUGAUGUUUCUCGCUCUACUUUGUGUAAAGACCUGUGUUCCUGUUAUCUAUGUUGCUGUAAUUUUGUGCUACCAAAUCCUCUUAUUUAGAUUUAAUGAAUUAUUCAAAUGAAAAAGAGAAGUUCCUGUAACUGCACUCUUACCCCCAGAUCCUCAAUACUUCUUGUAUGGCAACCAAAAUUGACUGUAAGAAAUAAAUAUCAU